GCGGUGGAGAUGACGGACGGCCACCUCUUCAACAACAUCCUCCUCGGAGGCCGCACCGGCACGAAUCCUGGCCAGUUUAAAGUGAAUUCUGGAGGGCUUACAUGGAACAGACAAGGUGGGGGGAAGACGAUCAGGAUUGACAAAGAUGAUAUAGCUUCUGUGAAAUGGAUGAAAGUCCCCAGGGCAUAUCAGCUUGAAUUCAGGAUCAAAGAUGGCCUGUGCUACAAGUUUAUUGGCUUCCGGGAACAGGAUGUAAGCAACCUGACCAACUUUAUGCAAAAGAAUAUGGGCAUCUCACCAGAUGAAAAGCAGUUAUCUGUUUGUGGUCAUAACUGGGGAAGGGUUGAUAUAGAUGGAAGCAUGCUUACCUUCAUGGUUGGUUCGAAGCAAGCAUUUGAAGUUUCUCUAGCAGAUGUCUCACAAACCCAGAUGCAAGGCAAAACAGAUGUUCUCUUGGAGUUUCAUGUUGAUGAUACUACUGGUGCUAAUGAGAAAGAUUCACUCAUGGAUAUGAGUUUUUAUGUACCUACAUCAAAUACACAAUUUAUUGGAGAUGAGAAUCGCAAUUCAGCCCAGCUGGUGUGGGAGGCAUUAUUGAAAAGGAUUGAUGGCUCUUCUUCUGAAGAGGCAGUUGUCACCUUUGAAGGAACAGCUAUUCUUACACCAAGAGGACGAUACGCGGUUGAGCUUCAUCUUUCAUUUCUCCGGCUUCAAGCACAAGCUAGUGAUUUUAAAAUCCAAUAUAGCAGCAUUGUCCGCCUCUUUGUUUUGCCAAAGUCAAACAAUCCUCAUACAAUUGUGGUUGUGACUCUUGAUCCACCGAUCCGUAAAGGGCAAACACUGUAUCCUCACAUUGUCAUUCAGUUUGAGACAGAUACAGUUGUUGAGAAAAAAAUGAAAUUAAGCAGAGAGCUUCUUGAUGACAAAUACAAAGACAGGCUGGAGGAAUCUUAUCAGGGUCUAGUACAUGAGGUAUUCGUCAAAGCCCUUCGUGGUCUAUCUGGUUCUAAAGUCACAAGGCCAGGAUCUUUCAGAAGCUUCCAAGGUGGUUAUGCAGUUAAAUCAUCACUCAAAGCUGAAGAUGGAUUGUUGUAUCCACUUGAAAAGGGCUUCUUCUUUCUGCCAAAGCCCCCUACGCUCAUUUUACAUGAAGAGAUUGAGUUUGUUGAAUUUGAACGCCACGGCACUGUGGGCGCCAGUAUGUCAUCUCAGUAUUUCGACCUCCUGGUCAAGCUAAUAAAUGACCAAGAGCAUCUCUUCAGAAAUAUUCAAAGGAGUGAAUACCAUAACCUUUUUAACUUUAUCAAUGGAAAGAACUUGAGAAUAAUGAACCUUGGAGAUGGUCAAGGUACAAGUGGUGGGGUUGCAGAUAUUCUAAUGGACACUGAAAAUGCUGCUGGUGAUGCCUAUAUCGCGAGAAUACAAAAUCAGGCCGGGGAUGAGGAAAGUGACGAAGAGGAUGAAGACUUUGUUCUGGAUAAGGAUGAUGCCGGAUCUCCUACCGAUGAUUCUGGUGGUGAGGAAUCAGAUGCCAGUGAAACUGGUGGUCAAAAAGAGAAGUUAUCCAAAAAGGAAGCCAGUAGUUCAAAGCCACCUGUGAAAAGGAAGCCUAAGGCCAGGGACGGCGAAGGUUCAGAGAAAAGGAAGCCAAAGAAGAAGAAAGAUCCUAAUGCCCCCAAAAGAGCAAUGAUGCCAUUCAUGUAUUUCUCAAUGGCUGCACGGCCAGGAGUGAAGGAGAGCUACCCAGAUUUGCCUCCAACAGAAAUUGCAAAGAAGCUUGGCGAAAUGUGGCAAAAGAUGUCAUCCGAAGAGAAGCAGCCUUACGUUCAGCAGUCUCAGGUCGACAAAAGACGGUACGAGAAGGAAUCUGCUGCCUACCGUGCUGCCGCCCCAGUGGACGUGGACUCCGACUAGACGAUUCAACAACGCUUGUGCAGUUAACACGAUUUAGGAUUUUUUUUUACACGUUCGGGAGAUUCAGGAGUUUGUUAAUCACGAUAGUGCAGUUUGGACAAGAAGCAUGCUAAAAUGAAAUUGCAUAAUAUGAAGGGCUGUUUAUGGGUGGUGGCGCUCAUUGGCAACCCUGCCUUUGAUUCACAGAGACCCUAAUCGCUCGUUAGGAAAGUCCUGGGCAAGUGUUUGAGAUAAUUUAAUAUUCC